CGCAAAGUCUAUACAUCUUUCAGAACCGCUCAGAUAUCACCUCUUUUGGGAAACCUUUUUUCAGGGCAGUCCCUCAGACCAUACGCCUCCUCCAUUUGCUUCUUGUUUAACACAGCCUGUUUCCCCUUCCAGAUUACUAUCUCUUUGAGGACAGGAUUAGGAUCUUAGUCAACUUCAUUUCUGCAUGAGCCUUGCACACAACAAAGGUUUAUUGAACAAAUGAAUCCCAUGUAUGCUCCUCCCCCCAGGCAGGAAACGCUCCGUGAGAGGGAGGGUAGGCUGAUGGUGAGCCAGGACGUUUGGAUUCAGGGUUCCAAGGAGGUGGGAGCGAUGCUCAGUGAGCCGAGACUCGAGUUCGAGCUAAGCUAGGAAGGAUGGAAAGGCGAUCCAUCUGGGUUCCGUCGGGGGGUGGGCAGGAGUGUCGGGGGCCGACGCCCGAGUCUUGGUUCUCAGGAGCUGAGAGGCCUAGCCUCGAGCUUGAGGAGGUUUGGAACUGGAAGGUACGAAGCACCUAGUUUGGGGUUGACUGGCGCGGAAGAUGGUGAUGCCGAGUCCCACUGUCCGCGGCGGUCUAGGACUCCGCGGCCCGGAGUGGGCGGAGAAGGGUAGCUCUCUUCGCGCUCAGACCCCGCCCCUUUCCGGGGAGGCUUUCUCGGAUUGGCUGUCCUUCCCUGACGUCAUGCGGCCCCGCCCCGGCGCGCGCCCCGCCGCGUGCCCACCCCCGGGCGGCUGCUGCAGCCUACACUACCUCGACCGCAGCCUGCCGCCCGCGGAGCUGGAGCCCGACCCUGAGCGGCGCCGGGCUGGACGUGGGGCUUCUGGGCUGCGGCGGCGGGCAGGCGAUGCUCCAGAGGCCUGAGCAGCCAUGGAGGCCGAGGCAGGCGGCCUGGAGGAGCUGACGGACGAGGAGAUGGCGGCGCUGGGCAAGGAGGAGCUGGUGCGGCGUCUACGACGGGAGGAGGCGGCACGCCUGGCGGCUCUGGUGCAGCGCGGCCGCCUCAUGCAGGAGGUGAAUCGGCAGCUGCAGGGCCACCUGGGCGAGAUCCGCGAGCUCAAGCAACUCAACCGGCGCCUACAGGCCGAGAACCGCGAGCUGCGCGACCUCUGCUGCUUCCUAGACUCGGAGCGCCAGCGCGGGCGGCGCGCCGCGCGCCAGUGGCAGCUCUUCGGGACCCAAGCAUCCCGGGCCGUGCGCGAGGACCUGGGCGGUUGUUGGCAGAAGCUGGCCGAGCUUGAGGGCCGCCAGGAGGAGCUGCUGCGGGAGAACCUGGCGCUUAAGGAGCUCUGCCUGGCGCUGGGCGAGGAGUGGGGCCCCCGCGGCGGCCCCGGUGGCGCGGGGGGCUCAGGCGCCGGGCCGACGCCCGAGCUCGCCUUGCCCCCCUGCGGACCCCGCGACCUGGGCGAUGGAAGCUCCAGCACCGGCAGCGUGGGCAGUCCGGAUCAGUUGCCCCUGGCCUGCUCCCCAGAUGACUGAGAGCGCAGCUUCCUUCGCGCCGACGCCCGCCCGGAUUGCUUCCCAAGCGCCGGGAUUGCGGUGGAACUCGGGAGCUGGACGCCACUCCGGCUGCGCACGAGGAGCCGCUGGCAUGAAUUUAGAAACCCUGGGACUGAGGAGGGCCCCUCGCUCUCGCUGGCGGAGCAGCAGGGGGACUGGAGGCUGGAGCGGAGGGACUUGCUGGGGGCUGGGUGGGGGCUAAUAAACUGGGACGGAAGCAGA